AUGGCCAUUCUGACAAGUUUGCCCAUGAUGGUGGUCUCUGAAGAGUUGGAAAGGCAUGUUGACCAGAUCAGACAGCGACUUGAGCAUUAUGUCUACGAGACUGGGCAAACAGGCGUCACAUCCGAAGUCCACUCGAAUCACGGCCACCGGCCUCCAUCGGUUGAUGAAUUACGGGGCCAGUCUCUCACGAAUACCGAAUCCAUCUACGCGAUGGAACAGUCUCCGGACCAGGCAAUGCGCCAGGCUGCUCGGCAGUGGCCGUCAUCACAUAUCUAUUGUAUUGGACAAAGCGAUCUCCAUGGUGGAUCUACGGGAUUUGGACCCUCAGCUCCCGGGGCAGACGUUGGUCUCGGCCAGAUUCUGCAGUGGUUGAAUGUGCUUACGGGACAAGGCAUCCUGGAAGAGAAGGCUGGGUCGGAUCAUGGAUUUGGCCAAAAGUCGGAUUCCAAGCCAGUGGAGAUAUCGCUGUCGCUGUCAAUGCCGGACUCUAGUCUACAUCUGAGGAAUUCCAGCCUCCACAUGGACAGUAUCAAGGAUACUUGUAUUCGGGACAUCGACAAGGGUGCCAGGAAUUCUACGGACAAAAAGAGACCAUUGCCGGUGGUUUUCAUACCAGCACUACGUCCACCACUUCCCCGGGGGGCCAUGUCUGAUAUUGAGACACCUAUGCAUACCUGUGUGGUUACAGAAACAUCUCGAAGCUCGCCCUUUACCCCAUCAGCGAAUCCCUCGGCCCGUACCCAACCUUCAACGUAUUUUGAACCUGGAAGUCGGGCGUCUUUCCCACCGGCACACUCGCAUCGUCGCAUUGCAGAGCAUGUUUUAUUGCCUAGGAUCGAGAUCGACGACGACCCAAUGGCAUGUGCGAUCCUAAGCUAUCUGGACUUGGCCCGCUCAAUGCUGUCACGAGGUAUCCCGAUCCAGGAGAUAUUCGGCCCGGAGCGACCGAUUGUCGAUCUUCUGUUUCGGACGCGGAACGAGAGCGACGCGCAUUCCGUAUGUCAUUUUGUUUGCGAGCUGACCUCGGGAAUCCGGGGCAUGGAAACGGCUGCAAGGCUGGGACUAACUUUUAUGUUUGUCCACUUGGUUCGGUGGAUGAUUCUUUGUUCGUCCUCCAACUACGCACAGAUCCCGGAGCUGUUUCGACCGACGGCGACACAAAUCAACGUGCCGCACAGUGCGGCCCUCGAGUUCUGCCCCUUUCCGCAGCUGAGGGAUGCUCUUUGCCGUCGGUAUCGUGAUUUCCUGCCGGCAUUGGCAAGCAACAUCAGUUGUAAUUGGCCUUACGGCACCGAUAGCUGUGUCCAGCAGCUGGAUCAUACGGGGCAUAUCGUUCUCACGGACCACUUUUGCCAACAUGUCUUGAUCUCGGAGAACUGGACAGUGCGAAGUGGAAUCCUGGAUACGUUUCCAGAAUGUCGAGGUCUCCUCAAGACUGUCGGAUGA